ACGGCAGUGGACGUGUUUUUUUUUUUCGCUUGCGUGUCCUCCUGGUGGAAAUCCUUUUGCAAAUUAUAUUCCAGUGCGUGUGUGUUGUGUACACUUUGGACAAGUUUCUCCCCGAUGAGUUGUGGCCAAGUGUAACGAGGAAAAAUCGGAAAAGUUUGCCGCUUCCGGAAGGACAUUUCAUUAAGGCUAAUGAAGGACCUCCUCCGGAGAUCAACACGACCAACGGAGUCAAGUGGGAAAGUAGUGAUUUGUGAGUGGGUUCAACCCACUCGCUUAACUGACUCUUGACUUCUCAACUCCACUAAUGAGAUGGAGAUGUGGUGGGGUUGUGUUUGCAGUAAUGAUUAGCUUUGACUUGGUCGCUGCAACUGAUGAGAACAAAUUGCCACAUGUUUACGCCUGAGUUCAUCACAAACACGCUUAGUCGGAAGCGCCAGGAUUAGGUUCACUCGGGCGGAAAAAGUGGAAAAGUGGAAAAGAAGUGCCCCCAAGUCAACAUAAGCCACCUUCCCACCCCCUACAAAAGGAAAAGUUUUGUUAGCUCUGUACUGCGAGACAAAUUUGUGUGUGAAAAAGCCACCCUCCUACAAUAAUAGAAGAAAAGGCAGACACCCUCAGGGGGAGGCAAACGAAGCUUAAGUUGGGGCGCAAGGAAACGAUUUAUUUCAAUACAACCAACCAACACGGCAGGGUGGUGGUGAAAUCUGUGGCUUCCGGAAAUUAAAGAAGGACGACGACGAAUUCGAACAUGUGUGGGUGGGAAAAUGGCGGGUUAAAUUGAAAUCAAAUCGCCAUCGGUCCCCGGAAAUGUAGGUACAAAUACAGAGCGACAAAUAGUGACGAGAAAAAAAAGGGGAAGAAAUAAAACUGAUCCAUCAACUGGGAAAAGGGUGGCGGGUGGGUGUCAGGAUAUAAUAGCUGCUUCCGUUUGCUCUUACCGGUGUGCAAAGUUCCGCAAAGAAAUGCUGCUGGUGCAAAUAGUCAUUGGAGUGCUGUGCAGGAUGCUGCUCCUGACAGGUGUCCUCCCCCUCUACCUUCACACGGUUCGCAUCCCAAGCUACAAGUUCCGCGGAGAAUCGGCCCUACUCGAGUGCGGCUACGAGCUGGCCGGAAAGCCUGCCGGCCGAACUCGGGAACAAAACCCGCCCAGUUCGCGCAAUCCGUACGACGUCUUCCAGGACUACUACAACGACGGCGAGGAGCGGCACGGCGGCGAAAAGAUCUACUCCGUCAAGUGGUACAAGGACAACGAAGAGUUCUACCGGUACGUCCCGUCGGCGACGCCACCGAUCAAGAGCUACAAAAUCGAGGGAGUUCGCGUCGAUCCGAACCACUCGGACAACACGAAGGUGCUGCUGCGCUCGCUGACGUUGAAGUCAUCCGGCGUGUAUCGGUGCGAAAUCUCCGCCGAGGCGCCCAGCUUCGAUUCGGUCCAGGGCGAGGGCCGGAUGGAUGUGAUAUAUAUGCCCAAAGACGGUCCCCACAUCAACGGGGACAGUGACCACCGGUCGUACCACAUGGGCGAAACGCUGGAGCUGAACUGCACCUCCGGCCGGUCCUACCCGGCGUCGACGCUCCAGUGGUACCUGAACGACGUCCAGGUGACCGAUCCGGGCAUGCUCGUGCCCUAUCCGCGCUUCCAGAACCCGCACGGACUCAUCACCAGCUACCUGGGGCUGAACGUGGUCGUCGGGCCGCAUCACUACAGGGACGGAAUCCUGCGGAUACGGUGCGUGGCCAGUUUGUCGCCGGUGCUGUGGCGCGAGGGCAAGGAAAGCAUCCUGCAGUGGGAGCAGCCAACGCUGGACAAUCGCGAGGCCAUGCUGCUGGUGAAAAGUGGUACCACUCAUCCAAUCCAACUCUCCCGAUGGCUCGUGUUGUGUACGAUGACAACGUUGUUACUGCUGCACUUGUUAUGAAAUCAAGACAAAUUACAUUAACUGAGCGUAGUUAAUCCGCCGAAACAAGCCGCCUCGUAGACGAUUAAGUUUUAUAGUUUAUAAAAUCCAAGCAUAUCUCCAGAAACCACCAUAAGUUAUCGGUACACAAUCGGUUGUUGCUUCUCGAAAAGGUGAAACAAGUGCUUAGCAUUUAACUUGUAA